AUGAUCAUAACUCACACAUCCACCAAUCCUGCCCCGCUCUCUCCUCACAUAGUCGACGUUCUCACCACCAUCUUGUUGUAUCUGAGGCAUGUUGCGGAGGAAGCUCGAGCGACAGAGAACAGUCUGAAGGUGUUGGUGAGCAACCUUGAAGACCAAGUAGGGGAGCUCGAGGAUGAGAGUCGGAUGCGGCAGGUGCGAGAGGCUGCCUGGGAGGAGCGGCUGAGGCGGCUCGAGGAGGCCAAUACGAGUGGCGGGGAUUGCAAGAAAAGGAAGAAGAAGAAGGAAGAUCUGAAUGUGAGCAAGAAUGAGAGAGCCUGCGUGAAAUAUCAUAUGAACACCCUCAUCCGUUGCUUCUUCUCAGAGACCGUCAAGGACAGCAAUGGCAAUGUCCUCUGGCUUCACGUCAGCUCUGAGAGCAAGAGGCGGCCCGAGACCACGGACGACAAUGUGCUGGGAGAUGGUGGGGAGGAGGACAAUGAUGAUGCAAUGGAAGAGGACGAAGGUGAGGGCGCAGUUGAGAGCGGCCAAAGACGGAAGUCAGCAGGCAUAGCAGGAAUGCUAUGA